AUGGCACGCUACGCCACUGCAGUCGAGACAAAAUCGAAUAAAGCUCCGAACAUCAGCAUGAAGCUCGGGCCAAAACAGCCGAACAUCCACACGGCCGUGCUCAUCCGAACAUCAACCCGCUGUGCUCAGCCGAACAUCCACACGGCAGUGCUCGGUAGAACAUCCACCCCGCCGUGCUCAGCCGAACAUCCACCCGGCUGUGCUCGGCCGAACAUCCACCCUGCCAUGCUCGGCCGAACAUCCACCCCGCCAUGCUCGGCCGAACAUCCACACAGCCGUGCUCGGCCGAACAUCCACACAGCCGUGCUCGGCCGAACAUCCACCCUGCCAUGCUCGGCAGAAACAUCCACCCGGCCAUGCUCGGUCGAAAAUCCACCUGGUCGUGCUCGGCCGAACAUCCACCCCGCCGUGCUCGGCAGAACAUCCACCCGCUGUGCUCGGCCGAACAUCCACCCCGCCGUGCUCGGCCGAACAUUCACACGGCCGUGCUCGGCCGAACAUCCACAAGCCGUGCACGGCCGAACAUCCACCUCCCUGUGCUCGGUCGAAUAUCCACCCGGCUGUGCUCGGCAGAACAUCCACACGGCCGUGCUCGGCCGAACAUCCACCCUGCCGUGCUCGGCCGAACAUCCACCCCCCCUGUGUUCGGUCGAAAAUCCACCUGGCCGUGCUCGGCCGAACGUCCACCCCGCCAUGCUCGGCCGAACAUCCACCCCGCCGUGCUCGGCUGAACAUCCACCCGGCUGUGCUUGGCCGAACAUCCACACGGCCGUGCUCGGCCGAACAUCCACCCCGCCGUGCUCGGCCGAACAUCUACCCGGCUGUGCUCGACCGAAAAUCCACCCCACUGUGCUCGGCCGAACAUCUACCCGGCUGUGCUCGGCCGAACAUCCACAAGGCCGUGCUCGGCCGAACAUCCACCCCGCCGUGCUCGGCCGAAAAUCCACCCCGCCGUGCUCGGCCGAACUUCCACCCCGCCGUGCUUGGCCGAACAUCCACACAGCCGUGCUCGGCCGAACAUCCACCCGGCUGUGCUCGGCCGAACAUCCACACGGCCGUGCUCGGCUGAACAUCCACCCCACCGUGCUCGGCCGAACAUCUACCUGGCUGUGCUCGGCCGAACACCCACCCCACUGUGCUCGGCCGAACAUCUUCCCGGCUGUGCUCGGCCGAACAUCCACACUGCCGUGCUCGGCCGAACAUCCACCCCGCCGUGCUCUGCCGAACAUCCAUUCCGCCGUGCUCGGCCGAACUUCCACCCCGCCGUGCUCGGCCGAACAUCCACCCCGCCGUGCUCGGCCGAACUUCCACCCCGCCGUGCUCGGCCGAACAUCCACCCAGCUGUGCUCGGCCGAACUUCCACCCCGCCGUGCUCGGCCGAACAUCCACCCCGCCGUGCUCGGCCGAACUUCCACCCCGCCGUGCUCGGCCGAACUUCCACCCCGCCGUGCUCGGCCGAACAUCCACCCCGCCGUGCUCGGCCGAACAUCCACCCCGCCGUGCUCGGCCAAACAUCCAUCCCGCCGUGCUCGGCCGAACUUCCACCCCGCCGUGCUCGGCCGAACAUCCACCCCGCCGUGCUCGGCCGAACUUCCACCCCGCCGUGCUCGGCCGAACAUCCACCCCGCCGUGCUCGGCCGAACAUCCACUCCGCCGUGCUCGGCCGAACAUCCACCCCGCCGUGCUCGGCCGAACUUCCACCCCGCCGUGCUCGGCCGAACAUCCACCCCGCCGUGCUCAGCCAAACUUCCACCCCGCCGUGCUCGGCCGAACAUCCACCCCGCCGUGCUCGGCCGAACAUACACCCCGCCGUGCUCGGCCGAACUUCCACCCCGCCGUGCUCGGCCGAACAUCCACCCCGCCGUGCUCGGCCGAACAUACACCCCGCCGUGUUCGGCCGAACUUCCACCCCGCCGUGCUCGGCCGAACAUCCACCCCCCUAUGCUCAGUCGAACAUACACCCUGCCGUGCUCGGCCGAACUUCCACCCCGCCGUGCUCGGCUGAACAUACGCCCCGCCGUGCUCGGCCGAACUUCCACCCCGCCGUGCUCGGCCGAACUUCCACCCCCCUAUGCUCGCCUCUGA